CGAAUUGAUAGUAAAUUUUAGAAUGAAUUUUCUAGAAUUAAUGGUAAUGGAAGUUGUCCCGUCGUUAGAGGAGCUAGUUGAAUCUGGUAAGAAUUUGUUUACUUCUCACUUUGGCCAUGCGCCCUCGGUGGCCUCGUGCGCCCCUGGACGCGUGAACAUAAUUGGGGAACAUGUGGACUAUAACAAUGGCUAUGUGUUACCUAUGGCCAUGCCACUAUGGACCGUCAUUGUGGGGUCAUACAGUCAGACUAAAAGUAACAAGUGCAGAGUUCGAACAGAUCUUGCCUCGGCUCAAUGCAAAUCGUAUGAGUUCGAAGUCCCAACCGUCGAGUCCGGAUCUAGUGUGAAUAUUCAUCCAACCGAGGAGAAAUCUACCAAGUGGGCCAACUACAUAUUGGGUACCGUGAACGAAUUCGUCAAAGUGCACAGUCUGCAAAGUGGAUUCGACUGCUGUGUGGUGUCUUCUGUUCCUGCAGGUGGUGGACUAUCUAGUAGUGCUAGUCUUGAGGCGGCCAUGUUUACUCUGCUGGAAGCAUUGACUGGUCUCACUACAGUUGAUAAAGUUGAAAAGGCUCUGGCGUGUCAGAAAGCAGAACACGACUUCGCAAAUGUCCCUUGUGGCAUCAUGGACCAGUUUGCAUCUAUUUUGUGUCAGGAAAAUCACCUUUUGAUGUUGGACUGCAAAACCCGAGAGGUGACUCACUUGCAGUUUGCAUUUCCCGAAAGCGCCUUCCUUGUCAUUAACUCUCGGGUGAAGCACGAGUUGGGCGACGGAGCGUACCGAAAGCGAAGAGCCAUGUGCGAGCAUGUGGCCGCCACCUUAGGUGUCGAAUCUUUGCGUGAGAUUUCUUUGGAUAUUCUGAAAACGAACCAACCGCAGUUCGACCAGGAUCACUUCAACAAGGCCCUGCAUGUUGUCAACGAAAUAGACCGAACGGCUCAAGUCGUCAAAAUCCUAUCGGCAAACGAAUCUUCAGAAGAAUCUUUAAAUUCUAUUGGUCAAUUAAUGAACCAAUCACAUGCAUCUCUGCGAGACCUGUACGAAGUGAGCUGUAACGAGGUCGAUUCUUUGGUUGAAAUGGCGCAAAGUUGCGCGGGUGUGUACGGAGCGCGUAUUACUGGCGGUGGUUUUGGAGGUUGCUGCGUUGUACUUGUAACAAAAGCGUCUAUUUCUUCUUUGCUUGAGACUCUACAGAAAAUGUACUCUGAAAAAUAUGACCUUGAACCCAUAUUUUAUAUGGCAACACCGCAGAGCGGGGCUUCUAUUGUCCAGUUGUGAUUCUGAGUGAGAUAACUAUAAAUAUUUAAGCAGUUAGUUCAUAACUGUUAAUUUAUUCUGGAAUGGUGUUGGUAAUUAUAUCUAUCCGCCCUUUUUAUUUAGCAGCACGGAAUUUAAAUUUGGUCCAUGGA